CGGGAAGGGCCACGCCAUUGGCGACGGAGAAAACAACUUCAUCGGAGGGGAGACUCCCUUAGCGUUGCGCUGGUUGCCUUCUGCUGCUCUUAUCGUCUUUUCUCUUCGUUUUCUUUGUUUUUAUUUUUCUUUCCUUUUGCCGCUCUCGUUCAGAGCACCGGUUACGGCAACUCGACGCCUGCCACACCAGCCCCGGGAGACCGGAACAAAAUGACCGAGAGAUGGAGGAGGCAAGGACAAGGUGUGACCACGCAAACAAGAAGAAGGACGGACAAACAUAAUGCCAACCCUACCACUACCGGGAAAUGGGGCACUUGUUGGGACCACCGCAAGACACACUUGUGGCACUGCGUGACACUGUGAAGCUUGGAACUCUGAGUGAGGUUGACCUCGAGCCCAUCGCCCGCCUUCUUGUGACCCACACGCGCGGUAUUACAGUGAAGUCCACCCCCGCCGUUGCAAGAUAUGCAGCGCCUACGCCUCCUGUGCGCCGUCCUCGCCGCGCUUGCGCAACCGGCCUCCGUGAACCCGAGGCACAUCGCCGGUUCCACAACGGCCGCCCUGGCAACAGAUGCUCAGCAAUUCAAACGAGUGCCUCACAACCUCCACACCAACAUCGCAGAAAGUCAUCAGUGGAAACCAAACCCCUACGUGAGACGAGGACCGAGACAAGGGGUUCUGUUCAUUCCCAAGCCCUCGACCACUCCAUUGUCGUCUUAUUUUACCACGAAAAUCGCCACCGGAAAGCGCUGCGCGGACGACUUCGACUGCAUGCGAGUGCUGGGCCAAGUCUGCAAACGCGGCAAGCGGGGCUCCACCGGCAACUGCCAGUGCCCGGAGUCGACGCCCGUGCACCUGACGGACGAGGCUCAACCGCGCUGCGUCGCCGGUGCGAUGACACACGCGUCACGAUAGCGUCUGACACUGUCGCUGUACUUUUUUUGAUAAUGGCAAAUUAAAUGUUAUGUUCGUGUUACCUGUUGUUUCCGCCGCGGCUGUUACGCGAGGCGUUAGUUUAUUUAGCUGAAAUAUAUGUGUGGGUUGCAAUUUCUUUGCUUUGUCUCUUGGGCAGCGAGGUUCCCGUUAUCACGAUGCUGUCCGUUAGUGAACCCUUUCCAUAAGUUUGAAAGCAGAAUUGCUGCAUCGCAGUUACGGCAAGCUGACUCAGCACGCUCAUUUUCGCAAUCGGUGCGUAUGUGACGCGGGAAAUGUAAAGUGGCUCCUGUGAUGAAAGUGUAAGUGCAAGAGACAAGCUUCGGCAAUGCGCAGUUACUACUUGUUUGUUUGCUGCUAGUUUGUAUUCAUUCGAAUUUUAGUUGAACAAAUGUACAAUGCGGUACUUACAAAUAAGGAAAAGGCCCAUUUGAAAUCACAGAUCAAGUGUUUCACGAUGACUCUUUUCGACUGCAAACGACAUCCCCGCUCCCAAAUAUCAACAAGGAAUUCGUAUUCAUUGCGUACAAGAAACCGACAUGUUGUUUCGAUACUUCCUCAUGUCAUCAGAUCUUUUCCAGUAACCGUAAAUAUCGCUAUUACCUGACAAGCUUUUGUAAGAAUCUUCACUGCAUUCUCACGCUACGUCGUCUCCUUGCUGCGAAUGGCUGAACGACGCUGGUUAGGCGUGAUAGUCAGCAUAGCUAAAGCAUUAGUGUAGCUCAGCAUAUUCCCUGCGAACAGGUAUUUCUCUGGCGGUCGCUGCGGUUAAGAAACUCUGCAACAUUUUGGUGUUGCAAUGACCACUGCAAGCGCGGUGCAAGUGGACAACUGACUUCAGGUUCACGCCUAACAAGCGUGGCACUUGUGGAUGGUAGUCGAGUAAAUGGAGCGCUGCUUUUGUAUAACGAGGAUGGUCGUGCACUAUGUUUUCUGAUAAGACUUUCCAUGAAAACUGAUGAAGGCUGUUUGUGAUGCCCUCUGUGGUAUAUAAAAUGCGAAACAGACAAUCGUAAAAGAGUAAAGUUCACGCUGAUCUACACCAAACCUAUGUUUGGGCCUUGCUCAGACUGCUUAUUCAAUUGCGUAUGACCAUAGCUGAAUUAGGCACCUCCUUAAACGUAAUUUCCAUAGCAAGAGUUUACUUUAGUAUACAUAAUCUUCAAGAUGCUGCCUUCACUGUACAGAAGCCUUGUCUCUGAAUUUUGUUUGAGACCUACUGUGGGUCUGAGAAAUGGCAGUCAACGCGACUCUGCCAGACACGACGCUGCACCCAGUUGCUGGCACGCAAUGGGUCGCUUUUUCGUGGAAAAAUAGUCCUCGCUGUCCAGGAAAUAUAGGUGGACAAUUUUGCUAAGGCAUCAUCAGAGAGGUCACGUUAAUGUCGACUAUGGUGUCUCCACCCAAACAACCUCCCAUUCUGACAAGCAAGUGGACGUUCAUUGCGUAAUAAUAUAAAAAAGGGAUCGGAGCCAUUCAGAAACUUCAUAUUUUCUCCCUGAGACAAUGGUGCAUGAUCAAUGACGGCCUGGAUACAUUUGUGAAAUGGUUCAUUGUGUCGGCUCAUUGUAUACGAGUGAAUAAACAUGCUUUAAACUCCA